GUGGGGUUUGCUCAGACUGUCCUUCCUCUCUGGACUGUAAGAAUAUGUCUCCAGGGCCAGUGUCUGCUGCGAUCAAGUCCCACCUUCCAAGUCCUGGCAUCUCAAUGCAUCUGGGAAGCUACCUGCAUUAAGUCAGGACUGAGCACACAGGUGAACUCCAGAAAGAAGCUAUGGCCGCAGUGAUUCUGGAGAGCAUCUUUCUGAAGCGAUCCCAACAGAAAAAGAAAACAUCACCUCUAAACUUCAAGAAGCGCCUGUUUCUCUUGACCGUGCACAAACUCUCCUACUAUGAGUAUGACUUUGAACGUGGGAGAAGAGGCAGUAAGAAGGGUUCAAUAGAUGUUGAGAAGAUCACUUGUGUUGAAACAGUGGUUCCUGAAAAAAAUCCUCCUCCAGAAAGACAGAUUCCGAGAAGAGGGGAAGAGUCCAGUGAAAUGGAGCAAAUUUCAAUCAUUGAAAGGUUCCCUUAUCCCUUCCAGGUUGUAUAUGAUGAAGGGCCUCUCUACGUCUUCUCCCCAACUGAAGAACUAAGGAAGCGGUGGAUUCACCAGCUCAAAAACGUAAUCCGGUACAACAGUGAUCUGGUUCAGAAAUACCACCCUUGCUUCUGGAUCGAUGGGCAGUAUCUCUGCUGCUCUCAGACAGCCAAAAAUGCUAUGGGCUGCCAAAUUUUGGAGAACAGGAAUGGAAGCUUAAAACCUGGGAGUUCUCACCGGAAGACAAAAAAGCCUCUUCCCCCAACGCCUGAAGAGGACCAGAUCUUGAAAAAGCCACUACCGCCUGAGCCAGCAGCAGCACCAGUCUCCACAAGUGAGCUGAAAAAGGUUGUGGCCCUUUAUGAUUACAUGCCAAUGAAUGCAAAUGAUCUACAGCUGCGGAAGGGUGAUGAAUAUUUUAUCUUGGAGGAAAGCAACUUACCAUGGUGGCGAGCACGAGAUAAAAAUGGGCAGGAAGGCUACAUCCCUAGUAACUAUGUCACUGAAGCAGAAGACUCCAUAGAAAUGUAUGAGUGGUAUUCCAAACACAUGACUCGGAGUCAGGCUGAGCAACUGCUAAAGCAAGAGGGGAAAGAAGGAGGUUUCAUUGUCAGAGACUCCAGCAAAGCUGGCAAAUAUACAGUGUCUGUGUUUGCUAAAUCCACAGGGGACCCUCAAGGGGUGAUACGUCAUUAUGUUGUGUGUUCCACACCUCAGAGCCAGUAUUACCUGGCUGAGAAGCACCUUUUCAGCACCAUCCCUGAGCUCAUUAACUACCAUCAGCACAACUCUGCAGGCCUCAUAUCCAGGCUCAAAUAUCCAGUGUCUCAACAAAAUAAGAAUGCACCUUCCACUGCAGGCCUGGGAUACGGAUCAUGGGAAAUUGAUCCAAAGGACCUGACCUUCUUGAAGGAGCUGGGGACUGGACAAUUUGGGGUAGUGAAGUAUGGGAAAUGGAGAGGCCAGUAUGACGUGGCCAUCAAGAUGAUCAAAGAAGGCUCCAUGUCUGAAGAUGAAUUCAUUGAAGAAGCCAAAGUCAUGAUGAAUCUUUCCCAUGAGAAGCUGGUGCAGUUGUAUGGCGUCUGCACCAAGCAGCGCCCCAUCUUCAUCAUCACUGAGUACAUGGCCAAUGGCUGCCUCCUGAACUACCUGAGGGAGAUGCGCCACCGCUUCCAGACUCAGCAGCUGCUGGAGAUGUGCAAGGAUGUCUGUGAAGCCAUGGAAUACCUGGAGUCAAAGCAGUUCCUUCACCGAGACCUGGCAGCUCGAAACUGUUUGGUAAACGAUCAAGGAGUUGUUAAAGUAUCUGAUUUCGGCCUGUCCAGGUAUGUCCUGGAUGAUGAAUACACAAGCUCAGUAGGCUCCAAAUUUCCAGUCCGGUGGUCCCCACCGGAAGUCCUGAUGUAUAGCAAGUUCAGCAGCAAAUCUGACAUUUGGGCUUUUGGGGUUUUGAUGUGGGAAAUUUACUCCCUGGGGAAGAUGCCAUAUGAGAGAUUUACUAACAGUGAGACUGCUGAACACAUUGCCCAAGGCCUACGUCUCUACAGGCCUCAUCUGGCUUCAGAGAAGGUAUAUACCAUCAUGUACAGUUGUUGGCAUGAGAAAGCAGAUGAGCGUCCCACUUUCAAAGUUCUUCUGAGCAAUAUUCUAGAUGUCAUGGAUGAAGAAUCCUGAGCUCGCCAAUAAGCUUCUUGGUUCUACUUCUCUUCUCCACAAGCCCCAAUUUCACUUUCUCAGAGGAAAUCCCAAGCUUAGGAGCCCUGGAGCCUUUGGGCUCCCACUCAAUAUAAAAAGGCCCUUCUCUACAUCUGGGAAUGCACCUCUUCUUUGAUUCCCUGGGAUAGUGGCUUCUGAGCAAAGGCCAAGAAAUUAUUGUGCCUGAAAUUUCCCGAGAGAAUUAAGACAGACUGAAUUUGCGAUGAAAACAUUUUUUAGGAGGGAGGAUGUAAAUAGCCGCACAAAGGGGUCCAACAGCUCUUUGAGUAGGCAUUUGGUAGAGCUUGGGGGUGUGUGUGUGGGGGUGGGCCGAAUUUGGCAAGAAUGAAAUGGUGUCAUAAAGAUGGGAGGGGAGGGUGUUUUGAUAAAAUAAAAUUACUAGAAAGCUUGAAAGUCUUUGGUAUCUCUAUUAAUCAUGCAGCCUCCCUGAAGCGCCCUAUCUCAGUAUUCCAGAAAGCUGCUGUGUGGCAUUAGUUUGGCAUAUUCCUACACUGAGAACUCGACAGGAUCCUCCGGGUUUAAGCCCUCUUGUUAACUCCUGCCUCUGAAUCAGAGAUGCGUUAAGCCAAAACCGUGCCUGUCACAGCACGCAUGCAAUGUUAUUUGAAUGAAUCUGAAAGUUGGGCACAAACUGCCAUAGCCUCAUUUCCCUACGUCGGGAGAGGAAAACUCCAUCAGAAAACGAAAGCCAGGGGCCCAGGAUAGCCAACUAAACGACCCAGCCAACUAACUGACCCAGUGCACAACUCUGGUAGCUCAGAAAACGCGGGCCAAUUUGGAAGUGGACAGGGGCGGAGCUGUGCGGCCAGCACGGAAUGGAUCACGUGGUCUUAAGUAACUUCCUUUUCUCCUUUCUUUUCUUUUUGGAGUAACAU